ACCAUAUUCUUCAUAACGAUAUUUUUUUAUAAUAGUGAUAUUGUAUAUACACAAAAUGAUUGUCAAGUGUUCACUGAACGCGGCAAAAGUCCCAUGCUCUAGGAGUUUUGUUACAGCAGCUCAUUGCGGGCAUACAUCAAGGAAGCCAUUUAAUGGUGUAAUAUCUACUAAAAAAUUAAUGAAUAGCGCAAUUGAUAAAAGGGCAUUUGGAUCCUACAUUGAAAACUAUUAUACUACAAAUCAUGCGUCAACGGGAUUCUCAUCACCUCUGCGCAAGACAUUUAUAUUCAUGGUUUUCACCUUUCAGGCUGUUUUCACAUUCGGUUAUCUCUUUCACACAAACUACUACUUCACCGGAAAGGCUCUCCCUAAACCAGAACAGUCUUCUCAACUUUGCUCAGACUCAAAGUAAAUUCAAACCACUGCGA